AUGCUCCUCACCAAGCCGCUCACGACACUCCUAUCCUCCUCCCUCUCCCCCCCGGUCUCAACCCUCCUCCUCCUCACGCCCACAGGCCACAUUCUCUCCGCCGCUUCCGCGCUCCCCUCCUCCAUCCUUCGUGCGCGCGCAACCCUCGCCCUCCAAAUCUGGGCGCUCUACGCAUCCAACCCCUCCGCUCUUACCGACGCACUCCCCAGCGCACCAGCAAACCCCGAAACCCCAGACGAAGACGAGACAAGCGAGAAAGCGCCUCCGGUCUCGAGCGUAGCCGUUCAUCUCUCAGCAGGAACAAUCGUCAUACGUCUCCUCAGCUGCGGCCUCUUGGUAUGCGGUCUUAGCUCUCCGCCUGCUGAGGGUGAGAUACCGGCGCAUGCGGGUACGCCGACUGGGUCGCAGCGUGGGGCGCGGCCGAACUACCAGGCGCAGCAUUUUCUGGCGCCGGGAUCGCCGCUGGAGGGCGUGGCGAGUAGUGCUGUGAGUGACGCGGGGAGCGUGGGGACGGUGGGUAGGAGGGGGAACAGGGAGUUGGCUGUGUUGAGGAAGCGGGUGGAGGAAGUGGGGAAGUGGUUGGAUGAGGAGUUGGGAGGGUUUGCAAUGAGCGAGGGCAUUUGA